AUGUCCUCUUACGCAUACUGUGCCCGGCAAUUCGCGCGUGCUGCUGUAAUCAACGAGUUAACACGGCAGCGCACAUACCCACACUCGAUAGAUAUGAAGUACCGGCCUUCCUAUCCAACUUACAGAUCAGAGCCUGUUGGCAACUUCAGUUCUCGAAGGAGAUAUGAUUCAAAUGUGCGGCUGUCGACGCGGCAGCCUCGGUACAACAGAACACAAAAAAACGUUCGGUUCGAUGACUCUGGUUACGAGUAUGAACCGAGAUCGUCUUCACGGAGUUCCUCACGAGGCCACGAAUAUGAAUACAGGUCUCCGGCACAGGGUCCCUUGUGGGGCCCACGGUCCCAGAAUACCUGGGACUCAAACCCUGCUAGUAGCCGGUACGAAACAGACGAACCGGGUCCCGUUAAGCGUGGAUUGCAGGAAAUGUCGGGUUCGGGUCGACGUGUCCUUGGACAACGCAGACGAGCGCCAUGCGUCUUGUUCUAA